UUAAUAUGUCAGAAAUAAAGAGUGCUUUGUAAUCAAAUAUCGUUCAUAUCUUAGAAAACAAGCCUGCAAAGAAUAUAGAAGGUUUUAGAUAGUAACAAUUAGAAGUAUUUAGUUUAAUUGAAAAUAGAGUAGAAGAAAACUUAUAGAAGAAUUCAAAUAACUCUAUAUAUAUGAUGAAAAAGGAAAUUUAAGAGGAGAUUGCAAAAUAAAGAAGUUUGUUGAUGGAAGUAGAUAUGAAGGAUAGCUUUCAAAUGAUAAAAGAAGCGGUAAAAAAAAUAAUUUGAUCUAGAUUAGGUUAUGGAAUAUAUUACUAUAAUAAUGGUGACAUCUAUUUAGGUGAAUGGUUUGAUGAUAAAUUUAAUGGUUCAGGACACUAUUUAUUUGCAAACGGUAUAAGCGCUAAUAAACUUAGGUGAAAGAUAUUCAGGAGUAUUAUCAGAAGGUUUGAAACAUGGGCACGGUAAAUAUUAUUAUCUAAAUGGAAAUACUUAUGAUGGAGAUUGGUAAAAUGACAAAAAGCAUGGAAAAGGAAGAUAUGUUUAUUACAGCACAGAUGAAUAUUAUGAUGGAGAUUGGAGAGAAGGUGAAAGACAUGGAAAAGGAGAGGCUGGUUAUGCAUAUGGAGAUGUGUAUGUUGGAGACUUUAAGAAGAAUGAAAGAAAUGGUUUUGGAAUAAUGAAAUUUAAUGAUGGAGCAAGAGUAGAAGGGAAUUGGGUAAAUGGAUAACUGUGUGGGUAAGCUAAAAUGCAAUAUCCAAAUGGAGACACUUACGAAGGAGAAUGGGAUAGGAAUUAAAAGAAUGGAGAUGGUGUUUAUACAAUGUGCAAUGGAUAAUCAAUAUAUAAGGGGUAAUUUAGGAAUGAUUUGUGGAAUGGUUUAGGAAUUUUGCAGUAUGAAAAUGGAGAUCACUAUAAAGGAUAUUUUAGAGAUGGAAAGAAGGAUGGUGAAGGAGAAUUUAAAUAUGCUUCAUCUAGAGAUACUUACACAGGGUAGUUUAGAAAAGAUUAAAGAACAGGUUAGGGCGUGAUGCUCUAUGCAAAUGGAGAUAGAUAUGAAGGAGAAUGGUUGGCAGACAAAAAACAUGGUAGAGGUAAGUAUAUACAUGCUCUCACUGAUGAUAUAUAUGAUGGUGAAUGGGUUUAAGAUUAAAAACAUGGUAAAGGAUAAUAUAUUUUUGGGUAAUUAUUUGAUUUAAACAAUUAGAAAUGGUGAUUAGUAUGUCGGAGAUUGGUUAUAGGAUAAAAUGCACGGAAAGGGUAAAUUUAUAACAAAAGAAGGCACAGUAUAUGCUGGGGAAUUCAAAAAUCAUAGAUAUAUUGGAUCAGUUAAUUGAUGAC